CAUUUGUAGACAAAAUGGAGAAACAAAAGCAGCGAAAAUCAAGAAAACACAUGCACCCAAACCUGAUGACAUUUUGCCUCAGGCUACAAAGUCUAUACCACCAUCCUCAUCCUCCUCUUCUUUGCUUUCUUUUGUCCUGCACGUGCUCACUCUACUCCUCCUCCCUUCCAACAUCCUUCUCCUCUUCCUCCUCCUCCUCCUCCCGGUCCUCCGCCGCCACCACCGCCUCAUCCUCCACCCCCCCACCGGCCCAGCUUGUUGUCACUCACUCUGGCGGCGAAACAGACGGCAGCAGCGCAGACCAACAGACACUAAUCCUGGUGGCGUACCCCACCCUAAAACCUCCCCCGCUGCACAACAGAAACCGGGAAACGGAGCGUACCGGACCCACCUGUGCAAAUGGCCCGGACAACUUGGAUUAUUUGAAGGAGUGGGAGGGAAGAAGAAGAGAAGAAGAAGAGACAUCAGCACCAUGAAGCAGAUGAGGGUGUCGGUGAUGUAGCAGGUGCUGCAGAACUGGUGCCGCAUUGCUUGCUUGGCCUCCUCCGUGGGGGAGAAGGCUCCGCAGAAGAAGAAGAAGAAGAAGAGAGUCUCUGUGAGGGAACCUUUGGACGUGGCUCCUGCCGAGAUGACUCACCUGCAGGCCGGCCUGUCGGCGGCCACCCUGGAGAAGGCCAAAGCAGAGCUGAAGGAAAACCCGGAGACCCUUCACCAGGACAUCCAGGAAGUGCGCGACAUGAUCAUCACGCGGCCGGACAUCGGCUUCCUGCGUACGGACGACGCCUUCAUCCUCAGGUUCCUGCGAGCCAGGAAGUUUAACCAUUUUGAAGCUUUCAGGCUGCUGGCCCAGUACUUUGAGUACAGACAGCAGAACCUGGACAUGUUCAAGAACCUGAAGGCCACUGACCCUGGAAUUAAGCAGGCGCUCAAGGAUGGAUUCCCCGGCGUGCUGGCCAACCUGGACCGACAUGGAAGGAAGAUCCUGCUCCUCUUUGCCGCCAACUGGGACCAGAGCAGGUACAUGUUUGUGGACAUCCUGAGGUCCAUCCUGCUGUCUCUGGAGUCCAUGAUCGAGGACGCUGAGCUGCAGGUGAACGGAUUCAUCCUGGUCAUCGACUGGAGCAACUUCACCUUCAAGCAAGCCUCCAAGCUGACGCCCAGCAUGCUCCGGCUCGCCAUCGAGGGGCUGCAGGACAGUUUUCCCGCCCGCUUUGGAGGAAUCCACUUUGUGAACCAGCCAUGGUACAUCCACGCACUCUACACCGUCAUCAGGCCCUUCCUAAAGGAGAAGACCAGGAAGCGGAUCUUCAUGCACGGCAACAACCUGACCAGCCUCCAUCAGCUGCUGCAUCCGGAGAUCUUGCCGUCAGAGCUGGGCGGGAUGAUGCCGCCGUACGACAUGGGCACCUGGGCCAGGGCCCUGCUGGAGCACGCCUAUGACGAGGAUGCGGAACCAGACGUGGGAACGGACGGAGGACCGGAUGCUUAUGCGUUUUCUGUCCAGGACCUACACAGAGAUGUGGACAAAAACCUCUCGCCCCAAACCAUGAAAAGAUCCCAGUCAGUGGUGGAUCCCGGCAUCUUAAAGCGACCUGACAAGGCCAAAUGUGAUGAAGACAACAUGCAGCCGCUGCUCUCGCUGGACUGAAAACAAAGAACAAAAAACAAACCUUCUGGAAAUUCUUGGAAAAUCCGCUGUGAACAUCUCUCUGUGGAUUCCUGGGAGAGGUUUACUCCACAUCCAACUUCCUUGGUGGACUUCCGUGUUUCUUUGUAAAGUGCCAAGUCCACAAAAGUCCAAUUCAGACUUCUGAGUCGUGGUCUUCGAAUGAUUCCCGCGCCCAAAAGUGAUGGGACAAAUGGAAAUUGGGAUGCAAGCUUUUCCGACGUCUUUGUACCAGGAUUUUAUGAAUGAGCAAGACGGACGUCGAGGCAGACCAGCAAACCUCCCUUUAUGGAAAAAAAACACAUGACACCAAGCUUGAUUUGUUACUGAUCAACAUCUCUCGUAACAUUAACCUCCUUUUUGAUUUCCAACAACAAUGACCUCAAGCAGAAAAUGUCACAUGACCCAAAUAUGUGAGCAGGAAAUCAAAGUGUUGAAAUCAAUAAUAAUUCACGACUAAGUCAUUAAGAGAAUAAGUAUUAUUCAAAUUAAUCAUGAUCCAAGUGACUGAAAGUAUGUUUUUCUUCUGUCCUGUGAUACUAAAACGUAGAACACACUACUUGUACAUUAAUAAUCAUCUUUGUGGUUCUAAUCUAGUCUAAAAUGCUAGCAUACGUGCCACAGCACAUGCUAGCUAUAUAAUGCUAACAUAGCUAAGCAAAAAAGUUCAAAUCUAUGCCUGAAAUAUUGUACAUAUGUACUCCAUCUAAUUAGUAGGGGUUUUUUUGUUUUAAUCCAAAUUUAAACAGUAAAUGCAGGUACCAUAGAACACUAGCAAAGUUAAGAUAAGAUAGCUCAGCAAACAAUCCUAAAUAGCGUCGAAUGUAAAAUUCUGAAUAAACAAAUUUGUACCAUAAUCUAGUACGUACUCCUCGUACUUCGUAAACAUUAAUCCAUCUAUCCAUCCAGUUUUCAACGUCAUAAACACCCUGGUGAAAUUGUAUGGAAAUUUUACAUGCAGUAAAACUCCAUCCAUCAAGGUUCACAGUACAGUUUUUUCCCCAAUUUAUUUCCUAAAUUAGAUUAUUUUUAUAUUCGCCAUUUGAGCAAUUUCCUGCACGUGUCACGAUAAAAUACCAUAUUUUCUUAAUUUAUCCAAUGAGAGCGUCGCUAUUAUUUUUUCAACCGCUGAUUGGCUGUUUUCUUAUUGGUAGACUCAUCGCGCGCUGCUCGUCUUGCUCAUCACUUCCGCGUUGGGAACGUGCGCGGGGACAUGAGCCGUACACUGCAGUUUCAACACAGCGUUGAUGGAGUUGGAAACUAAACGAAAAAGAAAAAAAGCAACCAUCUCGGAAGGAAUGUGACCAAUAUCUUCAUGCGCAGUUGUGAUGGUGGAAAACCUUCAAUAGUUAUUUUCCUUUUUUUCAGCUUUUAAACGGCAAUGUACCGCUUUAGGGCAGCUUCAUCAUCAUCAUCGUCGUCAUCGUCAUACUUUGCAGGUGUGAGUACGCAUUUCUAAAAUUGUUUGUACAAUUCUUUUUGUGUUAUUCAUUCACUUUGCUCUCUAUUAAUAUAUUAUCAGUGUUCAAAUGUUUUUGUAUCGUUCCGUAAACGCUAAAAUAACAUACCCACGAUGUCACGAAUUUCACUUAUGGCGGUGGUGUUCCGGAUCGUUAAGUCAAUGGCGGACGGGGAGAUGACCGUCGUUUCAAUCUAAACUAAACCAAUGCUCAAAUGGUGGUCAAUAUACCGAAAAAAAUUCUGAAAUAAAUUCAGCUCAGACAUAGUACGUACUCCUUGUACAUCACGAAUUUUGUAUUUCUGUUCUCUUUGUGGUUUUAAUCUAGGGGGGCGGGGCACACGGCUAAAAUGCGGUCACAGAUGACGUACAAUUUCUAAAUUAUGCUUUGCAGUACCUGUUCAGUUUUGCAGUUUUAUCAGUCGAGUGUUACUAGCAGACAAUUAAGCGUUUUAUUUAAUAUCCAUCACAUGGCAAACAUCUGAAUUUAGAGUUUUACUUCUACCACGUUUUACACUCCUUUAAAUUCAACUAAUGCUAGUGUCAGGAGUUAACUUCUAGUUAGGCUACCAGGACCGGAGAUUAACAACAGUGAUUCUCUCUAUUUUGAGAACAGUAUUUUCUGAUUGCUACAUUCAAAUUAUUGCAACUUGAAACUGCUCAACCUAUUAAGCGCAUGUUGGGAACUCUUUUCACGUUCCUAUCAUACCCACAUUUUUCAGUAUUCCACAUUUUCUUAAGAAGGUUUGCUUUUUAAAAAAAAUAUUAUUGUGUGUGUGUCUCACAUUUAACGCAGUAUUGAAAAAAUGUAUGUCCGGAACGACAGGAAACACGCUUUUAUCACAAAUGCAAACACUUGAUCACCUCUCAGUGACUUUAAUUUAUGUGCAGUAUAUGACACAAGCAUUUGCUUAUUUUAAGAAAGUUAACAACGAUUAUUGGAAUAUUUCAGCGUUUUGAAUGUUCUCCGUGACGUUGACCGGUGACAGUAGUGUAUUUUAUUUUUUAUUUUUUUCCUCACAUUUGCUGCAACAGGCCAGCAUCGUAGGCAGCUAUUUUGUUCUUCAUAAAUGGGUCGCUUUGUUGCUGUAGAACAAAAAAAGGAGAGGGGCAAUCCAGCCUAAACCCGGAAUGAUUUUAUUUGACUUUGAUUUAUUUGUUUUUUUAAAAUUAUUUGUAUGUCUUCCACAUGCACCGGAAAUAAUCGUAAUUGUGAUUGUUAAUAAACACUAGCAAAGCAUAUUUCACACUCUUUUACAUGUAUUUGACUUUUAGUAGUCUUGACAGAGAUGAUAAUGCUCACUUGUGAUUGACAUCAGUAAAAAAAUAAUAA